AUGGCUGAUGGUGGCUUUCUCGUUAGUUGUUUAAUGUACUGCAAUAAAGUCCUUAAUAAUGGCAUUCGAUUAGUUUAUACUGUUCGCGCGUUGAAAGAAAGAAUAGAGAAAGACCGCGGCGAUGCAUUUCUAGCUGACGAUUUAAAACUAAUUUAUGGUGGCAAAUUAUUAAGCGAUGAUACUAUAAUUGAAGACGUCAAAAUUAAUCCGAAGAAUUUUGUUGUUGUUAUGGUGGCAAAGAAACAACCUUCGCGACAAUCUUCAUCGACAGAUUCUGCAGCUGCUAGAUCGGAGGCUGCCUCUACUACAACUACUACGGAUGUGGCUUCUAGUACAUCUACAACUGGGGGUGAUAGCAAAGCCCAAGAAAAAUCAGAAGCUAAAACUGAGACCAGUACUCCUCAAUCUCAGCCGCAACAGUCUGGUAGCUCAGACAGCGAUGCCGGCUCCUCUUUAAUCAGUGGCUCUUCUAUCGAGCAAAUCGUUUCUGAAAUUGUAUCAAUGGGAUUCCCAAGGGAUCAGGUCUUACUUGCCUUGAGAGCUAGCUUCAAUAACCCUCAUCGAGCUGUCGAAUAUCUGACAACUGGAAUUCCUGCUAAUGUUUUAGAAACUCAAACUGCUGAAACUCCAACUGCAACUCAGUCGGAAUCGCAAGCGGAACCACAAACACAACCGCAACCGCAGGAAGAAGAGGAUCAACAACAACGACAACAGAAUCCAUUACCUUCAUCCCCUCAAGGAGGUCCUUUAGGAUUUCUAAGAUCGCAGGCAGUCUUUAGCCAAAUGAGACAGAUUGUUCAAUCUAAUCCUGAAGCAUUAGCGCCAAUGCUGCAACAGUUAGGACAAAAUAAUCCGCAGUUACUAGAGUUGAUUAGAAAUCAUCAAUCAGAAUUUAUGGAAUUAAUGAACGAGCCUAUCACUGAAGGCCAACCGAGAAUUGCUCCCUAUCAGCAACAGCAGCAGCAGCAGCAGCCGUCACGACAAUCACCUGGUGGGCCCGGUCUUGGAUCGCUUGGUAUAUCUGUAACACAAGAAGAAAAGGAAGCCAUCGAUAGGUUGAAAGCAUUAGGAUUCGAUGAGGGACUAGUUGUACAGGCUUAUUUUGCCUGUGAUAAGAACGAAAAUCUAGCUGCUAACUUCUUGCUUCAACAAAAUGAUGAUUGA